AUGGCCCCCUUAGCCGAAGUGGGGGGUUUCUUAAGUGGCCUGGAGGGGAUGAGCCAGCAGGUGGGCUCCCAUUUCCUUCUGCCUCCUGCCGGGGAGAGGCCGCCCCUGCUAGGGGACCGCCUGACCCAAGCGGAGGGGGGAUCCCGAGCGGGCGUCGCGGCUGGGGCCACGGAUAUAGCCCACCUGCAGGGCAUCCUACGCCGAAGACAGCUGUAUUGCAGGACUGGCUUCCACCUGCAGAUCCUGCCCGACGGCAGCGUUCAAGGCACUAGGCAGGACCACAGCCUCUUCGGUAUUCUUGAAUUCAUCAGUGUGGCCGUGGGAUUAGUCAGUAUUCGAGGAGUGGACAGUGGCCUUUACCUUGGAAUGAAUGAGAAAGGAGAGCUUUAUGGCUCUGAAAAGCUCACUCCUGAAUGUGUCUUCAAAGAACAGUUUGAAGAGAACUGGUAUAAUACCUACUCCUCCAAUGUGUACAAACAUGGAGAUUCAGGCCGGAGGUACUUUGUGGCACUUAACAAAGAUGGCAGUCCCAGAGAUGGGGCAAGGUCCAAAAGACAUCAGAAAUUCACCCAUUUCUUGCCUAGACCAGUGGAUCCCGAAAGAGUGCCUGAGCUCUACAAGGACCUGUUAGCAAUCAGUUGA